AUGCUGUUCGCCCAAGAUGCCUUCGCCUCCAUUCUUAAGCCGCAGUUUUUCUCAACUCCGGCCUCCCUCAAUGCUUCUUCGCCGCCGCUCUCAGCCGACCUCGAGGGUCGAUUGUCCCCCCUGAUAUCCCGGCUGCUCGCCCUGAUUGGUGUCGAUCCUGCCCGUCCGCUGUCCGUUUCAGACAUGGCCAAGAUCUCUCUUAUCUGCGGCCUGAUCCCCGGCCUGCUGCUUCACCGGCAUCGGUCACAGAAGAAGGGGGACGACAACAGCAGCCUCUCAGAUACCAUUGGCCAAGAUGCCGUGGCCACUGACCCCGGUCUGCUGAAGAAGCACUCAACCUACAAGUCAUACACGGUCACGAGUACUGGCUGGACCUACCCCUCGAUCCGCACCUUCUAUCGUCCACACCCUCAGGGCGAUAAGCUGCCCAAGAAGCCAGCUCCGCUCCCAUUGCUAGUUUUCGUCCACGGACUUGGUGGUUGUGCCGCCCAGUUCCAGUCUCUCCUGACCAGUCUCGUCAACCUAGCCCCCUGUCUGGCCAUCGAUUUUCCAGGCUGCGGUCUUUCCGAGUUUGCGCCAAAGAACCCUCGAGCCUACCAUGCCAAUGCCCUCGCUGCCCUCCUCGCAACGGUGGUUGACGAACAUCGUGACAAAGAAGCCGGUCAAGGAGUGAUAUUCAUCGGGCAUAGUCUCGGUUGUUCAAUCUCUGCUUAUUUGGCAUCAUCGUCUUCUCCAGAAGCUCAUCAUCUGUCGGACCAUGUGCUGGGUUUCAUCGCCAUCUGUCCCAAGGCGGAGCCUCCGACCGAGGAAGAGGCAGCUAAGUUCAGGAAACUGCUGAGCAUCCCCAAUCCAAUCUUUGACCUAUGGCGUCGGUGGGAUCGGAGAGGCGGAACUGAGAGUGCCAGUGUGCGGCGAUUUGUUGGUCCUGACGCCGAUGAGGAGACGAAGAAGCUUCAAGUCCGUUUCAAUAAGCAAAGUCGCACUCCCGUCUGGAAAAGCAUCGUAGCCAAGAAAGAGGAGGGUAUGCCGGGAAAAGACAUCUGGGCGGGUCUCAAUAUGCCAAUCUUCCUCGUCGCUGGAGAAGCGGACCCCAUUACACCGCCGAACGAGCUCCGUAAAAUCGCAUCCUUCCUCGGAAAAGAUGUCGGGCUUGCCGGGGAGAAAGGACCAGAGGCCAUUGUCGACACGGCAGCUCCAGUCGAUCUCACAAGUGCGAAUGGAUCGCCACGAACUUACAGAACAGGUUCCGAAACACUUCUGGACAGCCUUGACAGCGACUCGCUCCCGCCGCUCGAUGUCUCGAUUACUACCGAUGGAGAAGCGUCAGUGAGUCUGAGGCCUAAAGCAAAAUGCCUCAAGACUGCCAUCCUCCCCUCGCCCGCCUCGCACGCCUUACUCUAUGCACCAGCAACAGCAAGAACUCUGGCGGGUUUGAUCCAAGGUUUUCUCGCCGACCGCGUCGACAAAAGACUUUCACUCGGCUGGCAGCUCAAGUACCUUACCACUGAAGGGAAAUGGGACGUCAAGAACUUAAAGAAAUGGCAAGCCGUCACUCCGGUCUCAGAGCCUAUCGCCGGGGUUUUCCGUGCGAUGAAAACACUGCGCGAAGUCGAUCCUACCCACUGCCCUCGAGUGUUUGUCAAAGAUUGGCAAGGCAAGAUCCGCGCUGUCGUCGACAUCAGCCACGAAAGCCCGGUUUAUGAUCCAAAAGGUCUGGAGAAUGGUGGUAUCCAGUACCACAAAUUUCCGACUGUCUCUAAGCUUCCGCCUACCGAGGACGAGGUCAAGCAGUUCAUCACAAUGAUCGACAGGCUUCGUGGUGAGAACUCCAGUGUUCCUAGCGAGGAGGCAUCGACGGGCUUUUUUAUUGUAUGCUAUUUGGUGGAGCGGCUCGGAUGGACGCUGCAGAAUGCGAUCAACGAGUUUGCCAAGAAGAGGUCGCCUGGAAUUAGGCAUGAACACUUCAUCGACACAUUGUUUGUUCGUUAUCACGUUGGGUUGAAGAGAGCCCCGACUUUGUAA